CCACCCGUUGCCGUCUUGUCCCGUCCCUGUCUUGCCUGCCUUUGUGAUACCAAAGGAUGCAAGGCAAGAGAGACAUGUGCGGAGGUGGUCUCGCCACCACACUCGCUUCCGAAUCAACUUGGGGAAUUGGGGAUUGGAUCUACCUACCAGCUGCUACUACAGCGAGGGGGCCACGGGGGAAAAUAGAAAGAAAGAAGAACUCGCCGCUAACACCCAGCUCCGGAACGACCACUUUCCCAAACAGGAGAGUGCGCCCGGAGCUAUGGCCCACCAUGGGAUCAAGCCCAUUGCAGAGUUUGGCUGGUUGGACAGUGAUUCGGUCUUGGCAAUGGACCUAGAUUUUUCGGUCGGUUCAGGCGGGGUGGAGAGGUGUUGUUGGUGUCGCGCUCCUUCGUUCAAUCUGACAGAUAAGGGCGGGUA